AUGUACUUGAAUGGCCGACGUUACACAUGGUCCAAUGAGCGGCAUCUUGCUACGCUGGAAAAGAUCGACCACGUUUUCAUCACGAAUGAGUGGGAUCAGGCAUUCCUGACGUGCUUCCUGUCAGCGUUGGGCACUGCAAUUUUGGAUCAUUGCCCGUUGAUGUUAGACAUGAAUGUGGAGAUUAAGAUGCACAAACGCUUCCGGUUCGAAGCCUUUUGGACGAAGGCGGCAGGUUUUAUGGAGACGGUGCAGACGGCGUGGGAUUCUACCCCUCCAACCUCGAACGACUACCUCAUGUUGCACUGUAAGCUAAGGGCUACGACAAAGGCGUUGCAGAAAUGGAGCGAUCGGUGGAUUGGGAAUGUAAAACUGCAGAUAACCAUCGCUUUGGAGGUGAUUACGCGGCUGGAUAUCGCAAUGGAGGCUCGGGUGUUAUCAGACGAGGAAAGAGAGCUACGGAAGUGCUUAAAGCACAAGCUGCUUGGGUUAUGCUCGCUGGAACGAUCAAUAGCGAGGCAGAGAUUGCGGCUGUUACAAUUGCGCGAGGGAGAUGGUAAUACUAGACUGUUUCAUCAACAGGAGAGUCAUAGGCAGCAGAAGAACGUGAUGCGUUCGGUCAGGUACAAUGGGCAAAUUUACUCGGGGCAAGAUGAGGUGGCCUCAGCGGUGGAUGCAUACUAUGGCCGUGCUUUUGGAUGGUGUGAGGCGAGACAACACACGCUGAACCUGGAGGGGCUCAACCUGCCACAGAGAGACUUGUCGUGA